AUCCCCCAUAAAGCCUUCUUGGCGGCGUGAUAUCGCCAUCUUCCAUUCGAUCCUCCGCUGAUCCCGAGGUCUGAUGGCGCUAUUUCUUCCAUGACAUGCCCGCGUGGGGGAAUUUGGAAGCAUCCUGAUUCCCUUUCAAUCCCUUUGUCGAAAUCAUUUUUUAGACUUUCUCUGCCCACCAUGUUGGCGGCGAGGACCGCUAGACGCACACACCGCUCCUUGAUGCCCAACCCUGGCCAGUCGCCCGCCGCCAGCCGCGGCUUCUCCGCACGAUCGUGGCUCCAAUCUAACGAGCCAUCAGCCUCGUCGGUCGCCACGGCCUUUCUCGCCCGUUUUCGAUCGAUCGGACCCCAGUCCCGCUCCCAGGUGCUCGAUGCGAAUCAGCUGCAACUACUCUCGCUCACCCUCAACCGUCCGUCGCUAUUCCCGGGAUCCCCCGCUCUGUCCAACACCCCCGCAGCGCUGGCCGGGGGCACCCCACUACCUCCAGGGUAUCAUCUCGUCUACUUUACCCCGGCCUUUCUAGAAGCUGAACUGGGUCCGGAUGGCACCGAUGCAUCGUAUAAUCCUAGGGCACCCUUCACGCGGCGCAUGUGGGCCGGCGGCGAGGUAGCGUGGCCGCGGAAGGCGGAUGGCCAACCGAACCCCUUGCGCGUGGGCCAGCAAGUGCGCGAGACGACUACCGUCCUCAGCGCAGAGCCCAAAGUGGUGCGGAAGACGGGGGAGGAGAUGAUCGUGGUGGGGGUGGAGAAGGAAUUCAGCAACGAGCAAGGGGUCGCUCUUCUAGAUCGCAGGAAUUGGGUGUUUCGCAAAGCCCUGACGAUGCCAGCACCACCGGCGACCCCGUCGUCGAAUGCGACCCCUGUGACUCCUCCUUCCACCCCCGCGUCGUCGACCACGACCACGACCGGCGCCACCCACACGCGCACGCUGCGCCAGACCGCCGUGACGCUCUUUCGCUUUUCUGCACUGACGUUCAAUCCGCAUAAGAUCCACUACUCCACGCCCUGGGCCCGCGACGUGGAAGGACACCGCGACAUCGUCGUCCACGGACCGCUGAACCUGAUCUCCAUCCUAGAUCUGUGGAGGGAUACCCGCUCGUCCGUAGGCAGUGAUCCUGCCCAAAUUCUCCCCGCGAGUAUCUCCUACCGCGCCACCAGCCCCCUGUACGCGGAGGAAGAGUACCGGAUCGUGAUGGAUGAGACCGCAGGCGACGGGGUGGCGAAUGUCCAGAUCAUUGCCCCGGGGGAUCAGGUGGCGAUGAAGGCCGAGAUCCGGUCGUAGGCUAUACAGGCCUACUAUACAGUAGAUAGACCCAUUGGUUCGAAGACCCCAGCAGUAAAUGACCUUGGCCAUAAGACUCCCUGUCCAUGCAUCGGAUCUCACAUAAUCAAUCUCAUGCAUGCCGAUCUCGGCUUAUGGGAGUAAAUGGCUAUCUAUGAUUGGCCCAUAUCCCAGAGAAUGGAUGAGUCAGCCAACAUGCUUAUCAAUCAACCCU